CGGGAGGUGGAGCCCGGCCUGUGGCCCGGCGAAGCCCGGAGUCGCAUUGGCCACGACGGCUGAGGAGGCAGCGGUAGCGGUGGCCCGGUGGCGACAUGGCCUUUGUCUCGGAGGAUGACUUUCGUCACAGUUCCAACUCCACCUAUAGAACCGCGAGCAGCUCUCUCCACACGGACCAGGAAGCGCUGCUUGCGAAGCUGCCGGACUGCCCCCCGCACCCCCUGCAGAGGCCCGAGGACCGCUUCAACAGGGCCUACAUCAUCUUCUUCAGCCUCGGCGUCGGCGGCCUUCUGCCGUGGAACUUCUUUGUCACUGCCAAGGAGUAUUGGAUAUUCAAACUCUGCAACUGCUCCAGCCCAGCCCCAGGGGAGGAAAGUGAGGACUCAGACAUCCUGAAUUACUUUGAGAGCUACCUUUCCAUCGCUUCCACCGUGCCCUCCGUGCUGUGCCUCGCGGCGAACUUCCUGCUUGUGAACAGAGUUCCGAUUCAUGUCCGUGUGCUGGCCUCGCUCGCUGUCAUGCUGGCCAUCUUCGUGGUGAUGACCGCGCUGGUGAAGGUGGACACCUCCUCCUGGACACGCAGCUUCUUUGCUGUCACCAUCGCCUGCAUGGCCAUCCUCAGUGGCUCCUCCACCGUCUUCAAUAGCAGCGUCUUCGGCAUGACUGGCUCCUUUCCUAUGAGGAACUCCCAGGCACUGAUAUCAGGAGGAGCCAUGGGCGGCACCAUCAGUGCCGUGGCCUCCCUGGUGGACCUGGCGCUGUCCAGUGACGUGACGGAGAGCACCCUGGCCUUCUUUCUGACUGCGGACGUCUUCCUGGGCCUCUGUAUCGGGCUCUACCUGCUGCUGCCGCGGCUGGAGUAUGCCAGGUACUACAUGAGGCCUGUGCGGCCACCCCACGUAUUUUCUGGAGAAGAACCACCACUCCAGGACUCCCCCAGUAACCCCUUGGUGGCUCCCAGAUCCAGCUCCUCCCCAACACCACCCCUCUGCCCCAUCCUAAAGAGGACAGCAGGCCUGGGCUUCUGUGUCGCCUACCUCUUCUUCAUUACCAGUGCCAUCUUCCCUGCCAUCUCCACCAACAUCGAGUCCCUCGACAAGGACUCGGGCUCACCAUGGACCACCAAGUUCUUCAUCCCCAUCACUGCCUUCCUCCUGUACAACUUUGCUGACCUGUGUGGCCGGCAGAUCACAGCCUGGGUCCAGGUCCCAGGGCCCAGAAGUAAGGUGCUCCCUGCACUCGUGCUGCUCCGGACCGGCCUCGUCCCCCUCUUCAUGUUCUGCAACUUCCAGCCCCGUGUCCACCUGCAGUCGGUGGUCUUCCCAUCCGACAUCUACCCGGUGCUAUUCAGCUCCCUACUGGGGCUCAGCAAUGGCUACCUCAGCACCCUGGCCCUCAUCUACGGACCUAAGAUUGUGUCCAGGGAGCUGGCCGAGGCCACAGGGGUGGUGAUGUCCUUUUACAUGUACGUGGGCUUGGCACUCGGCUCGGCCUGCUCUGCCCUGCUUGUGCAUCUCAUCUAGAAGGGGUCAGUGGCAAGAGAGUUGGCGCGAGCUCAGUGAGAGGGGCAGGACCUGCCGGGAGGGCUCAGGUGACGCGCAGAGAGGUCUGGAGUUGGCCUCAGUGCAGAGGGCCGAGCACACCCGGGCCUCGUCUCCCCAGGGAGCUGGGGACACAUACUGUCUCGGUGCCAGGCAGAGACAUUCCAGACACUUCAACAGAACACUCCUGAGACUUUUCUCCAAGAGACACCGGAAUAAGACAUAGUUACACAGGCACAAAGCGGGGUAUCACUGUCCUAGCUGACGGUUGCUUCCCGCCUUUCUCUACAGCCUCCUGGGGGCUGUGUUGCCAGUGUUUGGCUCAGGUAAGUGCCAAACCCCAGCCCUGCUCCUUCCAGCCGACAGCAGGAUGUGAGAGUCCUCAGCUCUCCCUAACAAGAGGGUCCCCCCAGAAAAGAAGUCCCCGUGGGAUGGCCAGCCACCAGGGCCAGGACCCAAGCUUGUGCAGACCCUUCCUUCCAGGGGUGAGAGGGCACCCGCCAGCCAGACUGGAACACCAGCAGGACAGGUCUUCCGGGGAACCUUCCUUCCUGAAACCUGGGCUCCAGGAGGUCUCCUGGUCCCAGAGACCAAGUGUGUCAGGCCUGGGUUUUCAAAUAGGGCUGUUUAAAGGGUCCGUGGCCUGGGUAGGAAUGCGUCUUUUAACUUGAUGUUUACAACAUGGUCACUGGUCCAAGGGCAUAGUAAGUUCCUGGGCAUUUAACGAAGUGUCUGUGUUAGGGUCUUGGCAGGAAAGAGUAUUCAGAGUGGGUAUUGUGAGGAUAUUUGAAGAGUGAGUGUAGGGCUCCCGAGGAGCGGGUUCCUCCGACCUGCUGCGACCUGUAAGAGGUGAAUUUCCUUCUCCCUCCCGUCUCCUUAAGUCUCCUCCAGUCCCUGUGUCCUGAGCCACCCCCAAGGAGCAGGCGCAGAUGACGGAGAGUGGAUGGAGGGGCAGAAGGUAUUCAGCUCAGGGCCUCAUCCAGGGUGGGGCCGCCAGCCCCUCCACUUUCAUAGUUUAUUUGUUAUUGAGGUCAGUAGAGUUCUGAAGCUUUGGUUAACAGAAUGUUGCUUCAUCCUGAGUAAUUGUCUCUUUUGAAGCUGUUGUUUCAAAAGGUGACCCUCGGCGUCUACAGUCACCUGCCCUGAGCAGUCAUCUAGGUGGUUCUCAGGUCCCUAAAGGCUUCUUCGAGGCUGUUCCCGGGGGGAGCAGGCUGGCUUGGCAAUCAGUGAGAAAAAGGAACUAGGUCAGACCUGGAGUUCUUCCUCAAGAGUUGUGCAGAAAGAAGAGCUUGUCCCCAAGAAGUGGCACCCCUAGAGCCAUAAAUGAACCCGCUCCUCUGAAGCGCGUCGGCUCUGUGAUGCCCCGCAGACAGACGAUUAAAGGGGGGGGCGGGGGGGGGGGGCGGCUGUCGGCCAUCCACCCGGAUGGCAGCUCACACUCCCCACUGCCUCAGGCUGGUGCACACUCCCCUUCUUGGGCCAGAGAACUAAAGAGGACACCCUUGAAAAUUGAUACCUAAAAAAUAUAUUAAAAAGCAUUUUAAAAUAA